AUGAAUGCUCGUGUUAGCAGUGAUGAGCAGGUCCAGUUCCUGCUAAGCUGCAUUCGCUACUCGGUUAAUGGCAAGAUUGAUUUCGCCGAAGUUGCUAAGGAAUGCAACAUCGUAUCUAAGGGAGCUGCCAACAAGCGCUACGAACGCCUCAUGAAGGCCCAUAAUAUCCCUCCCCACGGCACCGCAUCUGGCAGCAACCAAAGUUCCCCGAACAAGGGCGAAACCAGCACCAGCACCAGCGCCAGCGCCAAUGAUAAGAAAACUACCCCCUCUAAACGCAAGGUCAAGAAUGAGAAAGGUCCUGUCAAGGAUUCUCCUGCAGCGGGAGCUAAAUCUACCCAGUCCGGAAAGAAAAGAAUGAAGACCGCCACCGCCCAGGACAAUGUUCAAGUUGUCAUCACCAAAACCGCUGAAUCCGAGAAUACUAAGGAGGAGCCCGAUGGCGAUGACGGCAAUGAGAAUGACGGUGAGAAUAGUUUCUUUAAUGAGGCUAUGUACGGACGUGAUUAUGGGGUUGCGCAGGAUGAGAAUGUCGCAUAG